AUGAUGAAAGAUGAGGAUACAAAAAAUGAAGGCACAAAAAAUAUGGAGAUAGACGAAACUGCUAAGAAGAAGUCAGGUAAGAAUACACAAAUAGAUGAACCACACAAAGGAACGAUAAGAGAUAGUUUUAAAAAUUAUUUUACGCAUGGACGUAGAAGUAAGAGCAAUAAGAAUGAUAGUAGUAAGAACGGUAAAAAUAGUAGUGGUAAGAAUGGAAAGAGUAGUAUAAAUGGUAGAGGUAAAAACGGUAGGAGUAGUAUAUAUGGUAAGGUGAAGGGGGAAAAAAAGAACUCCUUAGAAUCAGGGUCAGAAGAAAACUUUUUCGCUGUUGAAAAGAGGAAUGUAAAAAACAAUGAAGAGAUGUUUGCCAACAAAUUCAAUGAUGAAAACAUGUAUGAUCUUUCUAUCUUUAACGAUGAGAGUGCGGACGGUUCUUUUUUUUCAAGACUGCAAAAUUAUGGGCAACAGGGUGAUAGGGAUGAAGGGAUUGAUAAAGGUGGAGAGAUUGAUAAAUGUGGAGAGAUUGAUAAAGGUGGAGAGAUUGACAAAGGUGGAGAGAUUGAUAAAGGUGGAGAGAUUGAUAAGGGUGAAUCCCCGUUAAGUAACUUAUCGAGUAGUAGUUAUAGAAAGGAUAGUCGCACAAGUAACAGGAAAAGCAGGUACUAUGAACGCGAAUCAAGUAAAAGCAAAGUAUCCCGCUCAGAUAGCGAAAGAGAAUCCUAUGAAGACAUUGAUAAUAGGACAGAACAUGGUUCAUUAGAAAGGGAAAAUUAUCCACAUAUAAUUAAUAACAUUAAACGGUUUUGUAGCAAUUUAAUAAUGAAUAAUAAUAGUAGAGAGUUAACUAGCUUUUCUUUAAAUGAACGUAUGGACAGUAUAAACAAAAAGAAAGAAUUUCUCUUAAAUAUUUUGUCAAAUUCGAAUGAAAUUAAAGUAAAUUUAAAGGAUGAUUAUAACCGAAUGAGAGAUACAGAGAAGAUAAAGGAAGAUUUAAAAAAAAGUGAAACAAUUAUGCAGAAUAUUUUGAAUCUGCCUGAUAAGAAUAACAUGGAUAUGUACUAUAACAGAGCUAAUUUUGCAAGUACUCAUGAGAAGGGUAAAGGUGGUGGGGGUGAAGAAGCGGGAUAUGGAGUAGAAGUACAGGGAAAAGCAGGAGCAAUAGGAGCAGCAGAAGCAGUAGGAGCAAUAGGAGCAGCAGAAGCAGUAGGAGCAAUAGGAGCAGCAGAAGCAGUAGGAGCAGUAGGAGCAACAGGAACAGCAGCAGAAGUAGUAGUUGAAGGGAGCGUGCCUUUAAACAUAAGAGAAGACACACAUGUCGGAACAGUGUAUGAAGAAAUGAACAAGUAUAACAACAAUUUGUAUGAUACGUGCAAAAUGGAAAAGAAACGAAUGAUGAAUAUUAAUUAUAUAUAUGAUAAAUAUAAAAUUUUGCUGUCAGAAAUUAAGUUAGGUGACUACUUCAACUCGGUGGAGAAAAAAUUAAAUGUGAUAGAAAAUUCAUUAUUAUAUAUGUCGGAUAUUCAAGAGAAUAGUAAAGAGGAUAAAAUUGAUAUAAAAAAAAAAUUUGCAGAAUUAUUUGAUAGUGCUGUUGAUACGUUAAUAGACAAUUAUGAAGAGCAGAAAAAAAAGGAUGAAAGUGAGAAACAGAAAAGAGAGAAACUAAAUUUAACGUGUGAUUUUAAUUUAUUUUUAAGGAUAUGUAGAAUUAUCCUAAAUGAUGAAAAGAUGGUCCACAUGGGUAAUAAGAAAAAUAUUUUAUUUUAUAAUAAUUUAUACAAAAUUAAUUAUUUGUUCAGUAGUAGUAGGAACCGAGAUAUUCUAUUUAAUGUGUACUGUAGGAAUGCUGGUGCUUUAUUUUUAAAGCGCAAGUUGGAAAGGACAAAUGAACAGAAAAAAAAAAAAAAAAAAAAAAAAAAAAGGGGGGGGGAAAUGGGGCAAGAUACACAGCAAGGAGUAGGGGGGUCAGAUAGAUGGGAGCGAGAUCAGGAGCUGGAAAAAAUACGUUAUACAAAAAAAGGAAUAGUGGAAAAGAUCAACCUUCUGUGGUUUUAUGAUAAACAUGAUAAUACGCAUUAUUUGCACCUGUACAAUUUAAAUAACCUGAGUAGCCGAAAAAUGACAAUAGUGGUAGAUUCUCCUAUAGAAUGUAUAGAUACAGUGUUCUUAAAUAAUCUUAUUCCUUUGGAUUCUUUUUACAAUUCGGUUAAAAAUUAUUACAUUAUGGUAAUAACUGUAAAUUCUUUUUAUUUUUAUAAUAUUCAUUUAUACUUUAAUUGUGAAGAGGAUUAUAAUAUUUCAGUGAGUGAGCAAGUGAUAUAUCAAAGUAUAUACCCCUUUUAUUUUAAUAUAUAUUUAUUUCUAUUAUUUAAAGUACCAAAACCAGUGAAGAAAAUAUAUGAACACAUUCAAUCGAAUGAAAAGAAUGAGCGCAUAUUUUUAGCACAGGAUGAUGGAGAUAUAUAUGAGUUUGUUUAUGAAAAAGAGGAUUUAUAUAAACCCCUAAAUUUAUUUAAACAAUUAGUGGUAAGUUCAUUUAGCACACUAGUGAAUAGUGUGAAUAAAGCCAUCUUUUCUCGUAAUAUCACUAAUAACAGUCUCGAGGGAUCCUCACUUAGAGGAGAUGACCACCCAUAUUCGCAUGAACAGAGUCAUAACAGUUCAGUACUACGUCGUCAUUAUGGUAUGAAUGUACAAACACAAGGAGAAGAAGGUACCUGUACUAUUUUGAAUGGCAGAGAAAAUAUAGAUGAAUAUAAGAAAAAUAUAUACUGUGAUGACUUACAGCAGUUUCCUUUAAAUUUUUAUUUAAAAAAAAUUAUUAGCACCUAUUUUAUAAAAUACUUUUCCUUCUUUAAGAGUAAAGUGAAGAAGAUUUUAGUCGACAACGAGAGAUCCAUAUUGUAUGUUUUAUAUGACAAUAGCGAUCUCUAUGUGAAAAUAUUGUCAAGUGUGUCAGAUAAUACGAGAAAUUAUUUGUCUGAAACGAUUGUAUUUAGCAAGAGUGAUCUAGUAAGAGAAUUGAGUAAUAUUUAUUUCGUCGAUGAAAGUGGUUUUUCUCAACAGAGAGGGUAUUCCGAGGGUGAAGAAGCGAGGAAUGGUAUGAGAAAUGGAUUGAAAAAUGGCACAAGGAAUGACGUGCAAAAUGGAGAUAAUUAUGAAUCGCCUUAUGAAGCAGAUAAUGAACCAUUUUACAACAAUGGUGGAAACGCGAGAAAUAUGAAAAAUUAUAAAAAUGAUAACCGUAAAAAAAAUGUUCCCAAAAGAGAUAACUACAUUAACAUAUAUAAGAAUAAUAUUGAGGGAUAUGAUACCAAUUGCAAAGAUAAUAAAUUUUCAUAUCCUUCGAACUUAGAGCCAAGUGUACUAAACAAAUUAAAAAUCAUAGAUAUGCACAUAAAUUAUGUACACGAAAGGAGUAACAUCUUUUUGAAAAUGAUUGAUAAUAAUUUUAACAUAUAUUAUUUAUCACUCGUUAAGGAUGUGGAUAGUAACAGUUUUAAAAUUAUUUUGAAAGAUUUUCAAAAUUUUCCUCACAAAAAAGGAUUAAAAAUUGAUGAAAAGGACUCGCAAGUUGUUUUUACUCAUCAUUUGAAAAAUUUAUAUAUUAUUUUAAAAGAAAAAAAAAAUAAUAAUUGUAAGCCACGUGAUAAGGGUAAAAUGGUGCAACAUAAUGAUCAUCCAAAGGGGGGGAAAGAAAAAGAAAGAAAGAAAAAAAAAAAAAAGAAAAAAAAAGAAAAUACAUUUACAUUUUCAGAUCAACAAAAAAGGGACAUUAAAAAGGAUAGAAUGGAAAGUGCGGUCCAUCGGCAAGUUGGAAAUUUUGCGUUUAUGAAAGAGAAUAUGAGAAAAAAGGCGGAAGGAAAUGUAGAAAAAAAUGCGGAAAAAAUUAUGAACGUUCAGGUAAAAAAAAAAAAAAAAAAUAUAAUGCACACAGGGGAGGGAAAAGGAGAAGAUAGUAGCCAUUAUAUGGGUAGUGGGAGUGAUUAUGAAGAAGGGGAUGAAGUAGAGGACGGUAGUGGAGACAGUAGCGAUAACUACAGCAAGAACGGGACUGCAAAGAAGCAAGUGCGUUACACACUAAAAUUAUUAACAAGUGCAGACGAAAUAGGAAGUAGCACUAGUACUGGCCAGUCGUCGAACUACAAAAAAAAUAAAUUCGUCUUUAAACAUUUGAACGAAUAUUACAUUAAUGAAGAAAUAAUUGGAGUUAUAUAUAAAAAGAAAAAUUACUACUUGCACACAUUUUUUGAAGAAUCGCAGAAUAAUAAUAUAAUAAAAGACUUGUACAUGGAUAAGAUGAAAUAUGACAGUGUGAACAGUAGAAUGGCAAAAAAUGAAAAACGGUCAAUAAACCUGAACUGUGCAGGUAAUUUUGGGAACAUGCGCAGAAGUAGCAAUAACAAGUACAAUUACGGUAAUGAUUACAAUUAUAACAAUUAUAACAAUAAUUAUAGUUACGAUAAUGAUUACAAUUACAAUUAUGGCAAUGACUACAAUUACAAUUGCGGGGGUGAAGACAACAUGCACAUUCUUUACGGAAAUAGCGGAAGGAAUAACGUGCCACAUUUUUAUGAACAAAGGAACAUAGUGAACAGUAAUAAUAACGAUUUAAUUAUGAACAAAAAUUUUAUGUUCAAGGAAAAUGAAAGGACCAUGAGGGAACAACGAGAAAAAAGAGAUAGUAUCAUCCCCCCUUUUUAUUUAUAUGAAAAUACGGUAAGUGAAUAUCAGGAAUAUUAUGACUUGUUAAUAAUAACAAAGAGUCAUAUUUAUUAUAUUAAUAAAAAUACUAAAACGCAAAAAAUUGAAAAAAUGAUUAAUAACUGUGUGCCGUAUAAAAUUUCGUUCCAAAACAGAAAUAUAAAAAGCAUUGUUUUUAAUGAGAUGAAAAUGAGGGGAUACUUGAAAAACAGCAUGGAUCACUUAACUGAAGGUAUGCAGCAAAAUUUAAGUCAUAGGGAGCGUGAUAGGAGGACCAACCUUGACAACGACAGUAGUGGUAGUAGCAGUGAAGGCGGCAGUUACAAAUAUUACAGUAGUGAUUAUAACUGCGAUAGUAACUACGGUAAUGAUUGCGGUGAUGAUUGCGGUAAUGAUUGCGUUAAUGAUUGCGUUAAUGAUUGCGUUAAUGAUUGCGUUAAUGAUUGCGUUAAUGACUUUGGCAAUAACUACGACAGUAACUAUGAUAGUAACUACCCAAGUAAUGGCGUCGAAGUGGUCAGAGCCAACCAUGAGAGGAGAAACUCGAGAGGGAAAGUGCCUUAUCCACUGAUCCUUUCGAAGGAAAAAAACAAUGACGAGUUAGUGUACGAGUAUUUCAUAAACCAAAUAGCACAGAUAUCAUCUAAUGACGAGUUUUUGUUUAUAAUGUGGUGCAUGUUACUUAAUCAUGUGUAUAAAUAUGAAAUAAUGUGUUUUAAUAACAUCCAAAGUAACAACAAGGAGAUGAUGAAUAGAAGUAAAGCAGAGGAAUACUACAAUCCUUAUUUAUUCUUAUCACGGUUCAGCAUGAAAGAUGAUAAAGGAAAGACCGCCUCCGCAGUAACUGGAACAUCUAAGGACUAUCUGACAUCUUCUUUAAACUUAGAUAAAAAGAACAUGAGAGAUCAAAAGCUUUACUCGGAUAAAGUAAUUAUGUUCAAUGAAAAUGUGCAUCAAGUUGAUGAUGGUAAAUACAUAAAGUUGAAGGAUGCACACAACAAUAUUAGUAACACCAAUCAUAUAGAGUACGAUAUAUUAAAUAAAAUAUAUAAGCCUACUCCGUUUAAGUUUGGAUUUAUAGAUAAAAAUGCAGAUUAUAUUAUGAAACAGGGGAAAUUACAAAAGGCAAUGGAAUUAGAAAUUAAAACGAGAAAGAUUAAGGGCAUGAAUCAUUUGUUUAAUGAUAAUAUGGAUGACUUGGAGGGCGAUCUCGUUAAGAAUAGCAGCGGUAUGUACAGUGGUCAUAACAACGAUAUCCAUGAUAUCCUUGGUAACAGGUCCAGCAUGAAUGAUCGAGGAAGGAGUGGUGCAUCUUACGGGUUUGACAAUGGGAAUGAAAAAUUAUUGCUUAACGACACAGGAUAUUAUAAUUUAUUUAAUAUGUAUCAGAAAAAAAGGACAAGAGAAAAAUUGUUGGAAGCCGAGAAUAAUAAGAGUGGUAAUUUUGCCUUUGAGUAUUUAACGAAUAAAAAUUUUGAUUUUAUGUUUUUAAAAAAUGUAAAUAUGUAUAAUAGUUCGAUACAUAUGCUUUCUAGAGGGUUAUUGUUACUACUUAGUCGUUUGUUAAAACCAAUUAUGUUUAUUCAUUUAUUUUCGUAUGAGAAAUAUAGAGACACACAUGUUUUUAAGUGUACUUCCAAUAGUAAUAAUAUUCAUAUGAGGAGUACCAAAUAUAUGAAGGUAUCUAAUUAUUUAAAAAAGGAUAUGAGCAUUUCUGUAAUAACGAAAGAAAUGAAUGAAGAAAAAGAAGAGUCAUUUUAUAAUAUGAAAAAUUUCUGCAUAGUAAGAAUGAAUGAAGAUUUAUUUUUUCAAAAAAAAAAAAAAAAAAGGAGUAGAAGUAUGUAUGAAGAGAGUGAUAUGUUUAUACUUAUUGGUAAUGUACCCCUAGAUUGUUGUUUAAACUUGAUAGAGAAACUAAAAUGUUUGAGCUUAUGUGUAAGUAUUAUUUUAACAAAUUUAAUGAAAAAGAAAAAUGAUUAUUCGAAUAAAAUUAAAGGAAUACAAGAUAUAUCCAUUAUAAAUAUAUAUUAUAGUUACACUGUUAUUAUGUUGAAUGAAAUAAAUUUAUUUUAUGCAGUUCUGAAUUUUAUUAAUUUUAGCAUAGAAUAUAUCUUAAUUUACUGUAUUAUUGUUUGUGAAUAUUAUAAAAAUAAGAGUAUUAUAAAGAGAAAAAAUAUUGGGUCUAAGGAAAAUUUUUUAUAUCUACCUAGUACACUAUUUGAUUUACUUAUUAAAUGCAAUUUUUUGAAAACCUAUUUGAGUAAGACUUAUAGAGAUAUACUAAAACAAUGUUUAUUUAGUAUUAUUAAAACGGGCAAAUAUAUACCAGUAGAACUUUUCCAAGGAUAUAUAAUACACAAAAACGAAUUCUUAGCCUUAUUUUUAACAAAACGAAUAGAAGAAGAAGUAUUUUUAAAAAAAAAAAUGAAAACAAAGGGACCAAAUUAUGAUCAGUACUAUUUAAAAAAUGAGAAUACUAGUACUAGUACUACAUAUGACAAAUUUGAUGAACUACUGGCAUCGGAAAAAAGAGCAGAGCAUUUUAUUAAUGAACACUUGAAAGAUGCACUGACGAGUAUAAAUAUACACAAAUUACUCAUAUUGUUGUAUAAGGCGGACUAUUACCGAUGUGCUAGUUCGUUAAUUAGUUUAUACAUAGAUGGGUACUACAAAAUAUUGAGCAUAAAUGAUAAAGAGAAUGGAAGAAAGGAUAAAAAAAUGGAUGCAAAGACGGAUGAAAAGACGGAUGCAAAGACGGAUAUAAAGAUGAAUGCAAAGAUGAAUGCAAAGAUGAACGCAAAGAUGAAUGAACAUACACAUUUUAUUGAUGAGAAGAAGAAUUUAACGUUUAUACAAGAUACACAGUUCAACAUAGAACAGUACAACAAUUCGAAUAAGCAGCUACUCAUUAGUAACAUAGAUGUGCAGUACAAUUAUGAUUAUUAUGUGUUAUAUACGAAUUGCUUCUUACCUAUUGAAAGAAUAGUACAUGUCAAUUAUAUGAAAUAUCUUUUUAAAAAUAAUGAAAGGAAAAAAAAAAAAAUUAAAAUUUUUUUAACUAAACUGUUAGAAUACUCAAAUGAUAUAAAUUUUCAUUUCUUCAUUUUUAAUUUAAUUUUAUAUAAAUGUAAAAAUCAUUUCCCAUGUUCUAUAUUUGAACUAACCAUAUCCCACUACCUUUACUAUUAUGUCAAAUUCAAUGAACUAAACAUUGCAGACUCGUACAUUUACUAUUUCAAGGAGGGUAAGUACCAGGAUGUGGCUAUAUACUUUGCAAGGAAAGCCUUCUACGCAUGGAAGCUACCACCAGGGGGUGAUCUCAACUUGGGAGCGAUAUACAAGGAUGUAGUGAAGCUGAAUGCGAUACAAAAUAACAAGAAGAAUACUACGGACGUUACCAAAUCCGGGAAGGAUGAGCGGGAUGGAGCACGGGGGAGUGCCCCAGUGAAAAGAACUCGCUUCGCCGACGACGAGAAAAGCGAGGCGCAGCAGUACAGCUAUGGAGGUUACACCAGUCGAAGCCAUAUCAAUGAUAGUUGUAAAAGCGGAAUGGAGGAAACAAACGCGGAGGGUGCGCUUUUCCACUCUACUGCAGUGAAGUGCGAUGGGGAUUACUAUCAAAAUUUGGACAGCAUUGAUAAAUCUAUUUUGAUGAGCGAGUUGUCAAGGAACAAUUAUAUUUAUGAAGAGAACUUCAUUGGUAAUAGCUACGUUAUGUUGAACCCGUUGUACAAUAGUGAAACUAAGGAAAUAUUUUAUAACAUUUACAAAUAUCUCUUGCGGAUGAUUUGUUUUCCUAGUUUGAAGAAAAGAAUGGAAUACAUGGACAAUUGUAUGAAGACGAAAAUUUUUCUUAUUCAAAAAAUGCGUAGUUUUAGAAAGAAUGAUUAUCAGAAGAACAAGUUAUUGAAUGAAUACGUUGUAGAUACUUAUCUCCAUGGUCAACAUGAAAAAGAUUCAUUUUCAACGGAGCAAAAAAAGAAGAGAAACAUAAACAAAAUAAACAACUUGGGUAACAUAGACCAAUUAGACAAUAUUGUUGAUUCGUUUAAAAAAAGCAAUGUGCAUGACUUGCUUAACAUUAACAGUACUCUUAAGAAGGAUACUUUGAAAAAUUAUUACACAAUAGAUAAAAAUAUAUCAUAUGAUACAUCUUUUUCCAAUGCUGUAAAGAAGCUAUUUUUCCAAAAUAAAUGUUUUUUCAAAAUGAAAAAGGAUUAUUUAUCAAAUCAGAGUAGUAAUUAUUUAAAUUUAAAAGAGAUAAAAAAAUUUAAAACUUCGUUGAAUUAUCAAAGGUUGUUAUUUGUUGAACUUAUAAACUUAUUUGUUUUUUAUAUAUACAAAUUUUGUCAUUGGGAUAUUGUGAAAAAUUAUUUUAACAUAUUAAUGAAUGGAAAAAGAGAAGAUGCAUUUGAAGUACUUGCAUAUUUUGAAAAUUUAAAUAAAGAAGAGAUGGACUUGAUUAGAAAAUCUUCUUCGAACAUGUAUAAUUAUAUGUCUAAUAGAAGAAAUGAACAUAUAGAUGAUGUUAUAACUGAUUAUAAUAAAAAGAUAAACAAUGUAGAAUAUAAAAUUAAUAUAUCUCGUAUUGUAGAUGUUAUAGAUACAUUUAAAGACUAUUUAAUGAUCAUCCAGAAAAGUGUGUACACAAAAGAAGAUUUAAAAAAUAAAAUUUUUCAAAAGAGUAAAUUUCUUUUUAAAAAUUUCUUGCCAUCAUUUAAUUUACUCAAAUUAAUUAUUUUAUGUGAUAAAAAAAAAAAUAAAAUUGAUACAAUUAAUUCAAAUUGUUAUUCAACUGUUAAUAAUAUGUUAAAGAAUAACUCAAGGUGUGGUUCUUUUUAUUUUUCCAAAUAUUCCUUUUGCUUUGAGCGCUUGUUAGACUUUUCAUUCUCUCUAACCAUAUCUUUUGAAAAUAUUAACUUUAUAAUAAAUUACAUAGGAGAUAUACUCAAGUUAUAUGAUUUUAAUUUUAAGAAUUGUCUCUAUUUAUUAGUUAUUAUAAAAAUGCAUAAGUUUAUGAACAAUUUAUUUGAAAUUAAAAAAAUCCGCUCUUUACUAAAAAACAAAAUUGAUGCUUUAAAAAAUAGAAAAUAUAACCAACGCAUGAAAUUAAUUUCUUUUUUAAAUUGUAUACCUCUUAUAUAUUUAGAUCCUCAGAUGAAUGUCAUUCUAAUCAAUGAGUCUUAUGAGCACAAAAAGAAUCAGGAUAAAAUAAUUUUCUCUAAACUAUCUCCCUUUUCACUAGUCAGCAAGGCAGUAAAUAACAAUCUGCGCAGCGUGUACUCCUACCACGACUACACGGAAAAUUAUCAAACCAGGGGGGAUAGAGGAGGUAACGAUAUUGACGGUAACGACAGUGGCAGCAAUGACUACAAUGAUGGAAGUGAUGACGAUGAGCAGGACGAGCAUGAUAAGCGCGAUAAGCAUCCGGAUGAGGAGCGAAUACGUGCUGAUGGUAUAGGCUGUGUAGGCGGUGCAGGAGGUGUAGACGGCGCAACCACGAACCAGGGGGAUGAGCUGAACGAGGAAGCGCUCAAAGAAAGAAUAAAAAGCAGCAACAUGGCCAUAGACCGAAACGAUAGGAAAGCUUUGUAUUACUUGUACAACGUGAAUUACUGUUUCAAUGAAAACGAGCGUGACCAAGCUAUAUCAUUAAACCACCCAGAGUUAAUAGUGUUAAGCUAUAAAAAUUAUUGUUUCUAUAUUGUAUGGAUAUCAAAUUUGUUGUUAAAUCAUAAGGUUGAUUAUAAAUCAUUAAUACAUGUAUAUUUAAAGAUACAUAACAGUUUAAAGCACAGAAAAGCUUCUCAACUUGAAGAUGAUUACGAAAUAGCAAUAAUCAUUUAUUACUUAUUUACCUUAUGGAUCAAUGCAGAUAAGAAUAGUAAUUCCUUUUUCUUUUACAAUGAAGAAAAGUGCUAUAAUGAAAAAAAUAAUAUAGGCUAUUUUUUAAAAGAUAAAGAUGGUAAACUUGAAUAUGUCAAUAAUUAUUCCUUAAUAACACUAUUAAAAGAAUUGUUAUCAAGAGCAGAAUUUUAUUUUGAAUAUACGUCUGAUGCUGCUUCGAGAAAUUAUGAUAUUAGUUGUAUCAUUCUCGAUUCAUCUAUAUAUGUAAAUGAAAAAAUUAAAAAGUCAUCCGUCGAUCUUUUGAAAAUUUUUUUUCAUGAUAUAUAUGCUACUUUUAAUCAAGUACUGAUUCAGAUACCAUUUUUAAAUCAUAUAGUAGAAUUUCAAAGUAUUAAUGAGUUUUUGAAAAAAUUUAAAAUAUACUUGGAAGAAAUUACAUGCAGGAUUACUCUCAAUGAGACGAACUACAUGUGA